UCGCACGCCGCCGCCGUCUCCGGGAAGGCCCAGACCAAGUCGCCACCGCCUUCACGCUCGAGCCGCCGCACGACCCCCUCACCGCCGGCGAGCGUCGCUUUGCUUCGCAGAUGGCGUCGGAAGAGGCGGAGCCUGCCGUCAUCGUGGAGGCGGUCGCCGCGAGGGCGAGGGAGCUGGUCCGGGCCCUCCUCAUGCCUGGAGGUCUGCUGAGUGUCGAGGAUGCCGGGGAGACCGUGGCGAACAGCGUGAGGAGCUGCCUCGCCGAUGUUUCCCGGAAGAACCUCGCCGUGCGCAGUCAGGACGUCGAGAAGUUGGCCAUCGCGGCCGCCGUGGCCACCCUCUCCGUCCUCGUCAUCUCCGGUGCGGGAUCGCUGAGCACACCCCACGGCGCGGUAGAGGAGGAAAUCACCAAGGCGGUUGCAGCUGCCGCUACUCAAGUGAGAGGCAUGAAUACCUCUUCGGACUACAGUUUUGCUUUCUGGUUCGUGGUUGUGACUUCCUUCUUGUGGGUGACAACACUUGCAAUAUUUGUUGUUCGUCUUUUGUAUUUGUAACCUCAAUAUGAUCUAACUGCUCUGUCUAGCUCUGAUAGCUGAAGGGUGAGUUUUGUGGUGGUUACUUGGUGGCACAGAACUUGGUGAACUCUUGUGGUUGUUACUUCUUGAUAACGUAGAAUCUAGUUAUCUGGUGAACUCUGUGGUGGGGCGGUUACUUGAUA